AUUUUGAGCUCACAAAAAUCUAAGCUAAAGCCUUUUCAAAAUGAAGUUUGGCAAAACUCUGGAUACUCUUAUGGUACCCGAAUGGCGUUACCAGUAUAUGAACUACAAUGAUCUUAAAAUAUUAAUACUGAAUGCCGUGGACAAAGCUCCCAGGAAUAGCCUGGCGAAUAAUGCUUACUACAGGGACUUUGAGAUACUUUUCUUCGCCACCUGCAAAGAGGAGUUGACCAAGGUGAAUGACUUUUUUGUCCACAAACAGGCGGAGGCGCAUCGCAAACUGGCGACUCUCAACUACCAGCUAACACUCACGGCCCGUCAUCGCACCCUUCAGGAGCCCCGAACAUCGACGACUUCCAGAGCAUCCAUCUCCUCGAGGAGCCAUCAGGACAUCCGCAAGAUGCCGCCCCUCAACAAGCUGCGACUGGCCAUGAGCGAGUUUUAUCUGAGUCUGAUCAUGCUGCAAAACUACCAAACGCUAAAUCUGACAGCCUUUCGUAAAAUCUGCAAAAAGUAUGACAAGAAUCUCAAGUCAGAGGUUGGCUCAGCAUGGUUCGAGCGGUUUAUUACGAGGGCGAGCUUUGCCAUGACCACGCAGUUGGAUCGGAUGAUAGUAACCACGGAGGAUCUGUACACGGAGUACUUGGCCAAUGGAGAUCGAUCGAAGGCAAUGGCCAAGCUGCGAGUUCCCCCUUUGGGCACACCUACUCCUCCGAUUCAUGUUUUUUGCGCAGGACUAUUUCUGGGCCUCUUUUUGGUGGCCGCUGUAAUAUGUGUGAUCUCAUAUAUUUGCCUAGACUUAAGCUCAGAGUUUCGUUACGUGUUUGUCAGCCUCUUUAGAGGACCCAUUUCGGGCGUUACUUUUGGCUUCUGUCUGGCUAUCAAUAUCAAAGUCUUUGAGAAGAAGGGCAUUGACCAUGUUUUGAUCUUCGAGGCGGAGCGAAGGAAUGCCAUUGGUGCCAUGAGAGCUUUGGAAAUAGUCAGCUUUUUCGGAUACCUCUGCACCAUGAGUGUUUUGCUGUACCUGCUCCACAAAGAGUUCUUUAUAAGUGAUCCGCAUUAUAUACCGCUGGUUCAGUUGGCCAUUGUUAUUAUACUGUUUCUGAACCCCAUACCCAUUUUUUUCUACUCAGCCAGGAUUUGGCUGCUGACCAUUGUGGGUCGCAUCCUGUUGGCCCCCUUUUUCUUUGUGAACUUUGUGGACUUUUGGGUGGCUGACCAGUGGACCUCUUUGGUAGUUGGCAUUGUGGAUCACUAUUACCUAGUAAGGUUCUAUGUGCGGUAUUUUCUGGAUAGUCCCGAUGCCUUCGACUUUGGGCCCGACUACGCGGUGCCUGUCAUUCGAUGUCUGCCGGCUUGGUUCCGAUUUUGCCAGAGUCUUCGGCGAUUCAGAGACAGUGGUUCCAAGUCCACGGACUAUCUGAUCAAUGCUUUGAAGUACUUUCUCUUCGUAACGGAGGUAGUGUUUUCCACAAUACAAAUGGACACCAAUGCCACAUACAUAAAUCUCUUCGAGAAUCCCUGGACUUGGGCCUACAUAACGAUAUGCAUUACUUCGUCAAUAUAUUCCCUGCUUUGGGAUUUGCUAAUGGACUUUGGUUUGCUGAGAGUGUGGAAGGGUGAGAACCUCUUCUUGCGCGAGAAUCUGGUCUAUCCCAAGUGGUUCUAUUUCUUUGUAAUUGUGGAAAAUUCACUGCUGCGAUUCGUUUGGGUCUUGGAGUUUGUCUUGGUCUAUCAGGAAGUAAUUGCCCCCCAUAAUGGCAAAACGAUAAUUUCCUUUAGUGAGAUAUUCAGACGUUUUAUGUGGAAUUUUAUGCGCCUGGAGAACGAGCACUUGUAUAAUUGUGGACAAUUUAGAGCCACGCGGGAUAUAUUCAUAGCUAGACUAGAUCCCCAAGAGGAAAGGUUCCUGGAGAGUAUGAUGGACGAGACGGAGAACUUUGGAAAGGAAAAUCUAAAUAAGAAGUAUUUUUAAUACGCAUUGGGUUUACAU